AUGAGGACAUGUUUCGGUCUGCUUUUGUUGGCGCUGGUCGCUGUGCGCGCCUCACGAAUAACGUUCCCAUCCCGAGAUGAAUGUAUCAGUGGAUGCGAAAGAACGCGGGCCGGUUAUAUCCAAAUUUGUUUGAGUCGUCGUGAUCGGGCUAUGUGUAAUGCACUCAGGGAAAUUAGCGAACCAUUUUGCUCAUACUAUUGCGAGAGGAACUUUCCGUCAACGUCGCAUCAGUAG